AUCCCCGCGACUGCAGCAGCGCCGGCUCCCUCCCGGUCCCCGCCUCGGACCCGGGCUCCGAAGCGGCUCGGGGGCGCCCUUUCGGUCAGUGUCGUCGUCUACCCCCUCCCCAGACCCAGCCCCUGGGGACCCAGGCUCGCCAGCGCCCAGCCAGGGAGCCGGCCGGGAAGCGAGAUGGGGGCCCCUUCCGCCCUGCCCCUGCUCCUGCUUUUCGCCAGCUGCUGGGCGCCCGGCGGGGCCAACCUCUCCCAGGACGGCUACUGGCAAGAGCAGAAUUUGGAGCUGGGGACUCUGGCUCCACUCGAAGAGGCCAUGAGCUCCACAGUCUGGAGCAGCCCUGACAUGCUGGCCAGUCAAGACAGUCAGCCCUGGACAUCUGAUGAGACAGUGGUGGCUGGUGGCACCGUGGUGCUCAAGUGCCAAGUCAAAGAUCAUGAGGAUUCAUCCCUGCAAUGGUCUAACCCUGCCCAGCAGACUCUCUACUUUGGGGAGAAGAGAGCGCUUCGAGAUAAUCGGAUUCAGCUGGUUAGAUCGACGCCCCAUGAGCUCAGCAUCAGCAUUAGCAACGUGGCCCUGGCCGACGAGGGUGAAUACACUUGCUCCAUCUUCACCAUGCCCGUGAGAACUGCCAAGUCCCUCGUCACUGUGCUCGGAAUCCCACAGAAGCCCAUAAUCACUGGCUACAAGUCAUCGUUACGGGAAAAGGAUACAACUACCCUAAACUGUCAGUCUUCUGGGAGCAAACCUGCAGCCCAGCUCACCUGGAGGAAGGGUGACCAAGAGCUUCAUGGGGAACCAACCCGAAUACAGGAAGAUCCCAAUGGCAAAACCUUCACCGUGAGCAGCUCAGUCACCUUCCAGGUCACCCGGGAGGACGAUGGGGCAGACAUUGUAUGCUCUGUGAACCACGAAUCUCUCAAGGGAGCUGACAGAUCCACCGCUCAACGCAUUGAAGUUUUAUACACACCAACAGCGAAGAUUAGGCCAGACCCUCCGCACCCCCGCGAGGGCCAGAAGCUGUUGCUCCACUGCGAGGGGCGUGGCAAUCCCGCCCCCCAGCAGUACCUAUGGGAGAAGGAGGGCAGUGUGCCGCCGCUAAAGAUGACCCAGGAGAGCGCCCUGAUCUUCCCCUUCCUCAACAAGAGUGACAGCGGCACCUAUGGCUGCACAGCCACCAGCAACAUGGGCAGCUACAAGGCUUACUACACUCUCAACGUGAACGAUCCCAGUCCGGUGCCCUCAUCCUCCAGCACCUACCACGCCAUCAUUGGUGGGAUCGUAGCUUUCAUCGUCUUCCUGCUGCUCGUCCUGCUUAUCUUCCUUGGCCACUACUUGAUCCGGCACAAAGGAACCUACCUGACACACGAGGCGAAAGGCUCUGACGACGCCCCAGAUGCGGACACAGCCAUCAUCAACGCAGAAGGCGGGCAGUCAGGCGGGGACGACAAGAAGGAAUAUUUCAUCUAGGGGCAGCCCCCCAGGGACCCCGUGGGGACUGCUGGGGUCAUCACCAACCUGGACUUGUACAGAGCGACCCCAGGGCCGCCCCUCCCGCUUGCUCCCCAGCCCCCCCCACCCCCCUGUACAGAAUGUCUGCUUUGGGUGCGGUUUUGUACUCGGUUUGGAAUGGGGAGGGAGGAGGGCGGGGGGAGGGAGGGUUGCCCUCAGCCCUUUCCGUGGCUUCUCUGCGUUUGGGUUAUUAUUAUUUUUGUAACAAUCCCAAAUCAAAUCCGUCUCCAGGCUGGAGGGGCAGGGGUCCUGGGGUGAGGAAAGCCAACAACAAAAAAA